ACCUUCCCACUGGGAGCCCCAGAGAGCAAGGGACUUACUCCAAGAUCAUGCAGCAAGCUGGUAUGUUCCAGUGCCACCUGCCAAUCAGGUGGAAGGGGGAAUGGGACACAUGCUGCUUUCCACUCAGUUCCUAUCCCUUCUUUGAAAAUUCAGACAUGGAACAGAGAGGGUCCCUGUCCCCAUCCCAAAUAAGCAUAUAACUUGGGGGUAGUGUGGGGAAAUGAAAGGAGACCUUUUCCCCAAAUUCCUCUAAGGUCUUGCCAGGACCAUGAAUGAUGCUUUCCCACCGCCUAUUCCACAGCACGGAGGUUAGAAAGGAGCCCCACCCUCCACUCACUUCACCUUUGGGGCCCUGAUUCUCAGCAAAUAGGGGCAAUCGUAAGGGUGUUGUAAAAAUUUGAUGUGAAAAGCCCAGGGGUUUCCCUCAGCGGGAGGGCACUCUGGAAAGCCCGUGAUUUCCCCAGGUGGGGUUGAGCCCGGUGGUCGACAGCGUAGCAGGUUUCGCGUUUGGCGUCCCCAAGCUCCAGCCAGACCCCGGUGCCCGGCUGCCCCGCCCGCGGGAGGUGGGGGUGCAGGCCCAGCGCAGGCCGUUCCGCUGCCCCAUGGGCGCCCAUGUUGGUCCACCCGGGCAGCGCCCCACCCGCCAUUCCCCCGGAUCAAGCCAGCCGCACUUUCCCAAAGCGCCCGUGGGGCGCAGACCCCGGGCUUCUUGCCAUCCGUGAGCCGGGGGCUUCCUUGACCCGCGAUCAGCUGGAGGAAAGGGGCGCGAGGACUGGUGACCCCGCACCCCAGAGAAGAGCUUCGCGUGGUCAAGCGUCCUGCGGCUCCGGAGCUGCGGGAGAGCCCGAGAUCCCUCCAGCCUCCACCACACAGGUGGGGAAACUGAGGCCCAGAGUGGAGGAGCAACUUGGCCAAGGUCACUCCGCGUACGGCGCCUGGAGCCCAGAUGUGCCACCGCCUCCAGCGCGGUGCCACCAACUGCGCAGGUUGGAGACAGCUGGUGACAAGAAACUUGAGCUUCAGGCUGCUGCCCACCUUGGCUGCCUGCAGCCCCUCCCCUUCCAGCCUGCCAGAUGGUAUUCAGACCUUGGAGAAAUGGUACCAGUACCUACUGACCCCAAGUGAAGAUCUCUGCAAAAGAUGCCAUGCUCAUACUUUAAAAACACCAGGGAACACUCCAAGAAGCAGAUAUCAUAAAAAUUCCUGGGGAUUUAGUGAAGAUAAAGAAGAUAUGGUACUCUGCCUCAUGAGCCUUAAAAUCUGGUGGAUAAACCGAGGGAUGCUGGCCUCUUCCCUCCCUGUCUCAGCAGCCUUCAGCCUCUACAGUCGGCAGCACAGCCCACCGGGACCUCUCCUCCUCCUUCCUUCUUCCCUCCAUUCCUGUCCACGUCCUGCAGCAGAAGGGGCCGGUGUUGGAUGGGCAGUGUGUGGAGCCGGGGGAGCUCCCCCAGGGAGCAGCAGAAAACCCUCUCUGGCACAAAGGGAGGGCCGAGAAGAACUCCCGGCUGGCCCUCUGGGUGGGCUCAAGAGCCCCGWGUGCCAGCCAGGUCUCAGCUCAGCCUCACGAGAGCUGAGCAACUUUGGAUGAGUCAUUUCAUCUCCGUGAAUGUCAGAUGCCCUCUUGGCAGCACGGGGGACUCAGUCAUUCAUUUAUCCCCUCGUUCACUCAGCACACACUCACCCAACGCCUGCUCUAUGCCGUUGCUAUUUUCAGCGCUGGCAGUACACAGUGAACAAAAGAGAAAGAAACCCUGCCCACGGGAAGCUCACAUGUUAGUUGGGAUGGACAGAUAAUAAAUAAAUAAGAAAGCAUAUCAGAUGGUGCUAAAUGGCAUGGAAAAAUAAUUAAGCAGGAAAAAAGAUGGGCCGGGAGGCGGGGUGCURUGGAUCACCACCGUAGAGGAAACCGUGAGAAACCUCGACAGAUGUCUUUCUGGGCUUUGCUUGGCAUGUGUAUUUCAAGUUCACUAUUAUGUUAAAUUCUCAUAUGCAACUGUUACAAACAUAAAAUCAAUAUUAGGUAGCAAACUCAGAAACGUAAGCCCUGAAAAUUCCCCGGGAGUUGUAUUUUUUUUUU